AUGAAGUACAUUCUCAUCGCCUCUCUCCUCACCUCCGCGGCUUACGCUGCUCCUUUCGCCCAGGUCCAGGGUGGUAACGGCGGUAACGGCAACACUGCCGCCGCUGCAACUAACCAACAAACCGGAAACCAGGGCGGUCAAACCCAGGCUGGCAACCAGCAACAGCAGCAAGGCGCGCAGACAGGAAACCAGCAGCAGCAGCAACAGCAGGGUGCCACCAACACCCCUACUGGUCUCGGUGCCGGUAUCCAAAAUGGACAGACUCCCACUGCCAACGACCUCGCCACCGCCGUCUCCAACUGGAUGGCCGACACUUCAAUGGUCUCCAACUUCCUCAACACUGGAGCUAGCAUCCAGAACAACGUCCAGUUCAAGCAGGCUGCUACAGUUGCCUUCAACGCAGAGGUCGAUGAGCUGAACCACAAGGCCAUCAUCGAUGCUGCCAACGGUCAGAUGCCCAACGUCAUUGCGGCCAACAGCACACUCGCUACUGGUGGUUCGUUCCAGGAUGUCGUCGACAAGCUUCAGCAGAUGUCUGUUCAGGGUAUGGCUGCCGCUGGAAACAUCGACUUGAUCAACCAAAACCGCUGUGUCAACGUCCUCCCCAACAUCGAUGCUUAUAUGGCUUCUACCGGAUCCACCUCCCAGGCGGUUCGCCCCACCGUCUGCGACCAGACUGGUGUUGCUGGUGGUGUUCAGGGAACUGGCGCUACUCAGCCCGGCGCCCCUGCAGGUAGCCCCGCUGCUGCCUUUGCCGCUGCUCAGGCUCUUGCUCAAGGAACUGGUAAUGGCCUGGUUCAGAACACUGGUGCUGCUGGUGCUGCCACAGGCACUCAGGGAACUCAGGGCACUACUGGAACUCAGGGUACUACUGGAACUCAGGGCACUACUGGAACUCAGGGUACUCAGGGAACUGCGGGAACUGCUACAGGUACCACCGGCACCGCAACCAACAACGGACAAACUCCUCAGCAAGCCGCUGGCAUCACCCCUACCAACGGCCAAGCACCCCAAGGAACGACUGGUGUCCAAGCUCCUCAACAAGGCUCUCAGGGUACUACCGGACAGCAGACCCCUCAACAAGGUCAACAAACUGGCCAACAGCAGGGUCAGCAGGCUGGUCAGCAGACCCAACAGGGUCAACAGAACGGCCAGCAGACUCAGCAGAACGGCCAGCAGCCAGGCAAUGGCGCCGCUGCCGGACAACAGACUCAAGGCCAGACUCAAAAUGGUGCUAACCAGCAGCAACAGGCUGGCAACGGCGCCGCUGCUGGACAACAAUCUCAGGGACAGAAUGCGGGUCAGGCAUCUGGCCGCAACGGCGGCAACGGAGCCAAGGGCGGCAACAACAACAACUAA